AGGCGGGCGGGCGGGGAGCGGCCGGGGGUGCGGGCGGGCGGGCCUGUGUGUUGGCGGCGCCGGGGCUCGCGGGAGCUGCUCGGAAGCUCGGCCGCCGGGAGGAGGCCGCGGCCACGCUUCCUGGCAGUUACUGAGGGGCUCCUUUGAAGAACCAUGAAGUCACACUAUGUUGUGCUAACUCUAGCCUCCCUAAUGUUCCUGAUGUGUCUCCCUGUGUCACAGAGCUGUAACAAAGCACUCUGUGCUAGCGACGUGAGCAAAUGCCUCAUUCAGGAGCUCUGUCAGUGCCGGCCUGGAGAAGGAAGCUGCCCCUGCUGUAAGGAGUGCAUGCUGUGCCUGGGGGCCCUGUGGGAUGAGUGCUGUGACUGCGUGGGCAUGUGUAACCCUCGGAAUUACAGCGACACACCUCCCACUUCCAAGAGCACAGUGGAGGAGCUGCACGAGCCCAUCCCUUCCCUGUUCAGAGCGCUCACUGAGGGAGACACCCAGCUGAACUGGAACAUCGUCUCCUUCCCUGUGGCAGAAGAGCUCUCACACCAUGAAAACCUAGUUUCCUUUUUAGAAACUGUGAACCAGCCUCACCACCAAAAUGUGUCUGUUCCCAGCAACAAUGUUCACGCCCCUUAUCCCAGUGACAAAGAGCACAUGUGCACGGUGGUUUAUUUUGAUGACUGCAUGUCCAUACACCAGUGUAAAAUAUCCUGUGAGUCCAUGGGAGCGUCCAAGUACCGCUGGUUUCAUAACGCCUGCUGUGAGUGCAUCGGUCCCGAGUGUAUCGACUAUGGCAGCAAAACAGUCAAGUGUAUGAACUGCAUGUUUUAAAGAAGGAGAAGAAAUGCAAACCAAAGCAGUUCAGUUAACAGGAGGACGUGACAUUGCUCAUAAGUCACUAAGUGUGCAGAAGUACGAGUGAGGCAUGCUAGGACCGUGUUAAAUUAUAUGAUUAGAACUGCACUUUGUAUGUUUGCUGCCUAUUUGUGUAUGUCUCUUCUGUUGGAUACAGUAGACCUUCAGUCAUAUGAGAAUCAGGGUGCAGAGGAGUCCUGGGAGAUCUGAAGAUCUGAAGAAAGACUCGUGCUUUUGUUUGGAAAGUGAUAGAGAAGACUGUUAACAGGAAGUCCUAGGACACCAGGUCUCUAUGCUCACACCUUUCCUAACCGUGCCUUGGAUUGCUUAUCUGUUUCAUAUAAAGAGAGUCAGUAGUGCAGUACAGAAUUCGAACUCCCAUUCAAGCCGCUGUAGAAGCUUAAUUUCAAACCAUUUUACAUUGGUCUUAGAAAGUCAAUAUUUACUGUAUUUUACAAGAGAAAACUUGUACCUAGGGCAGGUGAGCUGCCACAC